GAAGUGACGGCUGACCCGGAAGUGGCGGCGCAGGGCGAUGGCGGAGAAGUUCGACUCGCUGGAGGAGCAGCUGGAGAAGUUCGUGGAGAACAUCCGGCAGCUCGGCAUCAUCGUCAGCGACUUCCAGCCCAGCAGCCAGGCCGGGCUCAACCAGAAGCUGAAUUUUAUGGUUACAGGCUUGCAAGAUAUUGACAAGUGCCGACAGCAACUUCAUGAUAUAAGUGUACCUUUAGAGGUUUUUGAAUACAUAGAUCAAGGCCGUAAUCCCCAGCUUUACACUAAAGAGUGUUUGGAAAGGGCUUUGGCUAAAAAUGAACAAGUAAAAGGCAAAAUUGACACAAUGAAGAAAUUUAAAAGCCUAUUGAUUCAAGAGCUGACUAAAGUCUUCCCAGAGGACAUGGCCAAGUACAAAGCUAUUCGAGGAGAAGAACCUCCUCCUUAAGACUGCCUUUGGUAUGUUUUAAGAUGCCUAAUGUUUUCAUGGAACUGAUCAUCUCCUGUUGUGAAAAUGUUGAGCUCACUGGACCGAGGAAGAACUUAAGUCUUCCUCCUAGGUGUGUUCAUGUAUGUCGUGGUUAUGGGCUGUGAGGGAGCCUGAUUACAACUCACUGUUGUUGUUUCUUUUUAAUUUAUUUCUUUUUUUCUUUUGGAAGCCAUAAUGUUUUCCUACAGACUUUUAUGUGUCUAAAGAUUGUAUUUGCUAAUGUGUUCUUUCUGCAAAAGUUGUUUGGGGCAUAAAUGUGACUUGCAAGCUAUUAUGCAUCAUUUCCCACAAAGUACACUUCUAGUAUGAAAGAAUAUCUGGAAUGAUCAAGUGCCAGACUGUGGAUAAAUGCACUUCUUUUGGAAGCUACUUGUACUUGAUUAUUAAAAUAGACUACAGCCUAUCUCAUGGGGGAAGUAAGAAUUGACUGCUAUUAACUAAGCUGUUCCUGACAGUUUAUAAAAGCAUGAUUGGACAGGACUCUUCUCUUUUUACUAAAUUUCUGCUGAAAUGGAAAUCCAUUGCCAGGUGCUGUACUUCCAUGUAACUUUGUCAACCACAACCAAAAAGUCCCCUUCAGUCCUGUGAAUUGAAGAACAGGUGACUGAGGAUGGGAAGAAUUGAAUUUUCAAGGAUGGCCUCCCUCCCAGCAGUGCUUUAUAUUUUGUACAGCAUUUGAUGGAGAACAAAUCUUUUAUUAAGUGUAUUGCAUUUUCUUUAGGCAAAAUAUAUAAUAAACACUUUGAAGUGAAUUUUGUAGCU